AUGACAUCACCGUUUCCUAAUAACGCCGCUGCCACCGCUUUCCGCUCCCUCCUCGAUUUCGGUAACUCACUCCUCUCCGAGCUCCUGCGUUUCCGCGCCAACCUACCACGAGACUUCCUCCGUUCCAUCACACUCCCUGCACCACCACCUCCAUCGACAUCCACCCAGCUCAAUCCCACGCAAAUCACCUCGCCGUCUCCCGAUCUCCCCUUCCCCCUAUGGGACUUCGAGUACCUGCGCGCGCCGGACGACCGCGAGCGCGAGCUGCGCGAGCGGCCGGACGAGUGGAGUGCGGAGCGCGCGUGGUGGACGGCGCACGGCGAGCAGCUGGUGGGGUUCGUGCUGCUGCUGACGGCCGCGCUGAAGCUGUACCGCGCGCUCAGGCAGACGAUCGAAGGGCUGCGGCGUGGCUUGUUCCUGGGGAGCUCGCUGGAAGGCGUGGUGGGGGGAGAUGAGGGGGACGAGAUGCAGUCGCUGCUGCUGCAGGUGCUUCACACUCACGCACUUCUGCUUCUCUUCCUCCACCAUCUCUUUCCUAAUCAAUCACGUGAGCGCCUGCUCAUCGCUGCGUACCGUCACUGGUGCCGAACCUCCGGGCCAGGCUCGGGGGAAGCCCUGGGUGAGAUCUUGACUCGCGACUUCGACGACCUAUGCCAGCUGUGCCGAACCACAGGAGCAGGUCCGGGAGAACCGGAGGUUCAUAAGGGGACUGCAGGAGGACAGGCAACGGGCAAGAAGCUGGGGAACAAAGCGGAUGAUGGCAGCAGCAGUGCCAGCAAUGAUAUCGACGCCUUCCUGUGGUCUCCAUUCCCAAGAGAGUGUUUCGACAUCGAAAAGCUGGGGCUUGUUUCAGGCUUGGACCCAGGUUCGGGCUCAGGCCUGGGAUCAGGUUUGGGGUCAGAGGGCUCUGGUCUGGGCAUUGGAGGGGCGGAGACAGCAGCGUUUCUGUCGCUGCCGUGUGUGAUAGCGCCCACGGAUACCUCUAGCCUGGAGCAGCUCUUCUCCCGCUUUGCCCCCCCGCCUGACGUCACAUGGAUGGCCAUCCAGGCCCUGCUCAGGAAACAAGCUGCUGCCGUCGACUCCUCGCCUGCUUCUUCCUCCACUUUCAAUCUAGCCUCUUCGGUUCUCUCGUCCUCAUCCUCGUCUGCUGUGCAUACUUCCACGUUCUCCUCCUCCUUUCCAACUCAAGCCCCCUCACAGGCAGGAGCAGCAGGAGCGGGGACACCCCAUGACACUCUCUCCGCAGUGGCAGCAGUCACAGCCUCGCUCCCCUCCACGUCGUCGCUCAUCCUGCUGCUCUUCUUCCACCCCUCCUCGCUCCGCUCCGACCUGCCCUUAAUGCACGAGCUCGUCCACCGCAGGUUGCUCGCCCUGGCCCCCUCCUCCCCUUCGUCUUCCUCCUCUGCACCGUUUGCUGCCUCUGCUGCUGCCGCUGCUGGUGGCGGCUGGAGCCUCUGGAAGCAAUGGGCGCCGCCGCAGCAGCAGCAGGGAGGAAGCAGAGGCGACGAUGGUGGAGGAGGAGGGGCAGGUGGCGCAGGUGUGGUAGCAGCAGCAGGAGGUGGAAGAAGUGUUGAUGACCCAGCUGCAGGAGGAGCAGGAGCAGCAGCAGGGGCAGCAGCAGUGGGCGGGUUGACAUGGGUGGUGCCCAUAUUCCUCGGCUUCUCUCUGGAUCUCUCCAUAGCCUGGCAGCACUUCCCUGCCGCCCACUUAGCCCUCACCCUGCACCUCUCCCCAACCUCCGCCCUGCACGUGGCUCAAGCGCUGGUGCAGGUGCUGCCAGGGGUGCAGCAGGCAGUGGGCAGGGCCAUGGGUCGGCUGAAGCAGCAGGGCGCGGCAGGAUGGGAGGAAGAGCUGUGGGGUGGUAAGCAUGUGGGCGGUGGGGUCGCUCGUGGUAGUGCUGCUGGCUCUGCUGCUAGUGAUGAAAGCAGCAAUACCAGCACCAGCACGAUUAACACCACUGGUACCAGCAGCAGCAGCAGUAGUACAGAUUCAAAGUCUAAUUCCUCCUCUUCGCUCUGCUCCGUGCCUGGCCUGGCAGUGCUACGCAGUGCACGGGAGAUCCUCUCUCUCAUCCGCCACACAGCCGCACUCCUCAGGUGGCUGCUGCAGCACCGCGCCUCUCUCGCGCUGCACCUCUCUCUGCCUAUCAUCCUCACCACCCACCGCCUUGCCCGCUCAGCCCAACUCCACGCACACGCCCGUGCUCGCACUGCUGUUGCCGCUGGCCUGUCAUCCCCUGGCUGGUCGGAAGCAAGCCAGGUGCCUGCUGAAGUAGCUGCGGGCUUCCUGUUGCCGGAAGUAACAGGUGGAGUGGCUGUGGGCUCGGUACAGCAAGGCAGAUCUGACAGCAGCGGAAACAGCAGCAGGAGCAGCUGGUUUGGUGGUUGGAGCAAACGAGCUCCUGCAGCACCAGCCUCCUCCUCCACCACCAUUGUCCCUCAUCCUCCUCCCAUCCCCCCUCCCUCGGACCACGAUCCGCUCUUCACUCUCCUCCUUUCGUUCGCUGAGCUCCAAUCAGAGGCCGCCACGUGUCUCUCCGCUAUCAUUGCCCGCAGAGAGGACAGCUGGCACCGCCUGAGGCAGGCGGCGUGCAAACGUCUGGACGGCCUGGCUCGGCUGUUUGUGGGCGAGCAGGGUGUGGAGGGAGGGGAAAGAGGCGCAGCGGAUGGUGCGGACAGAGGGGGAGUUGGGACUGGGAGCAGAGGAGGGGAUAGGCGAGGGGUGGGAGAUGGGGGGGAGGCGAUGGCAGGAAUGGGGUGGAAGGAUGGGGCGGAUGGGAGCAUUGGAGAGUGGUUCCAGCGACUGUCAUGGCAGGUGAGCCGGCACAUGAGGGGGCAGGGCAGGUUGGGACAGGUGUCACACUGGCAGCACCCAGACGCCCCUUCAACGCCCGCCAGCCUUCAGCAGCUCUCCCUUGCUCUCGCAGACGCUGCCUCACUCCACCACAUUCAGUCGCAUCCCCUCGCCGGCCAAUCGCUGCACGCCACCUGUCGCCUGCUCCAGGACAUGGCUCUCGUGCAGGCCAUUCGUUCUGACCACCUCGCAGCGCUCUCUGCUGCUGCCGAGCCUGGAUUCCUCUGGGCGCUGCUGCCGAGCCUGCUGCCAUGGCUGCAGGCUCGGGUGAGGCUGCAGCCGGAGUUGGUGGCGGUGGUGCCGGCCAGUGUGCUCAGCCUCAUGCACGCAUGCACGCUCACCCUCCUCCCACCGCCCUCCCAUGCCCUCGCCACCCACUCCCUCAACACAGACAGCACAGCAGGAAAGGGGGUAGCGAGCACGCAGGGCAGGCAAGGGGGGCUGGGUGAGAGGGCAGAGGGGCAGGGUGGGGAGAGCAAGGCACUGGUUGCCGCGCGGGUGCAUGGGCAGGCGGCGUUCCGGCAGGCCAUGGGUCGAGCACGGGCUGCUGUGACGGGAUUCUCCGCGGGCGUGGCUGCGUUUGAGGCCAAGGGGCUGCCCCCUGGUGGGACGAGGAGCAGGGACGAGUGGGCAGGGGGGGCGUGCCAUGCCAUGGUGGUGGCGCUGCGACUCAUGCUCCGGCGACACACAGCCUCUAUUCUGCAAGCUGGCUUCUCUCAGGCGCUUACAGCCCUGCACGGCGCAGGGCCGAGGCGGCAGGCGGAGGAGGGGAAGGCCGACGGGGGCAAGGGCAGUGGCUGGGCGGGGCUGUGGUCCUGGGGGGGUAAGGGAGGGGGUGUGGAUGGGGAGGGCGGUGAGGGGACGGGGGUGAGGGAGGAGGGGGGAGGUGGUGGGGAAAAGAGGAGAAGGGAGGGGUUUGAGAGGCGGGUGGUGCAGAUGGAGAGGGAGCUGGGUGCGUGGGAGUACUGCACGUGCCUGUUUGAGGAUGUGCUUGUAAUGAGCACUGGAGGGAGUGGAAGGUGGAGUGGGAUUAAGGGAGGGGAUGCGGGUGUGGUGCGUGGAGCAGGAGGUAGAGGGGGGGGUUUGGAACCAGUGUUGUCGCCUUCCUCUCCCUCACUCCUGUGGCGCACUGCCGUGCAGCCUCUGCUGCUGCAGGCCCUGCAACAAGCUUGUGGAGAGACGGAGAGAAGAGACACCAGCAGACACAGGUCACACCCUUCCACUUCUCCCAACAGCGGAACCUUCUUGGAAUCUGCAGUGUCGUCACUGCUGGUCCUCUCGCACCCCUCCCACGCCAUGUUCCUCUCCCCCCUGGCUGCGUGGUUCUUCCCCUCGGGCCUGCCCUCCCUCUCCCUCCCCCUCAUCCUCCGCCUCGCCGCCUGCCUCUCUGCCUCUGGCCGCAUUCCCAGCACCCCUCCCAGCAACCCUCCUGCUGCUGCCUCUAGCACCACCCAUACAGCCUCUGCUUCUCCCCAUGCAACCUUAGCGGGCGGCAUUGCCAGUCUGAUGGCCGGUAGCAGCAGGGAAGAUGCAGCAGCAGCAGGGGAAGAGGGGCUAGGCGGGGCGCGAACAGCAGAGGGGCUUGUGGCUUUGGACUGGGCGCUGAGAAGAGCAGAGGAGGAGCGAGUGAGGCGGGCUGUGCAGGUGGUGGGUGUUAUGGCGAGGGAGAGGAGGCAGGUGCUGCUGCUUCUGGUGGAAGAGCUGCGAGAAGGGGGUGGGCAGCAGGGUGAGCAGGGAGAGGAGGUGGGGGAAGGAGAGCAGCAGCGGCAUGUGCGGAAAACCAAGGUGGCAGGAUCAGGAGGGGGAGGAGGUGGGGGUGAGGCAGCAAUAGCAGUGUCAGUGGGAAGGGCAGCCACGUCAGCGGUUGCCAUGGGGCGGCAUGUGUUGGUAGCAUAUGGGCGAGCGGAGCAUGGGAUUGCCCAACCAGUGGCUCGGGGAGAGGCGUGUGACAUGGGGGGAGGAGAGUUGAGGACCGGCAGCACAGCAGUCAGGGGCGGGGUGGGAGGUGCAGGAAAGGCUGGUGCUUUGAAGGCGGGGCGAGCAGCAGGCGAACCUGGGCCUGUGGGAGGCAGGGCGGCUGCUGCUGCUGCUUCCUCAGCAAGGCGAAUCCCUCCCUCGGCAAAGGGAGGCCCUUCAGAAAACCUCAUAGAAAACGAUGGAACGGUGACAGGUGUCGCAAGGGCACUGGCGGAGGUGGGUCAGGUGCGGCUGGUGAGGGAGCUGGUGCGCAUGGCUGCAUGCGCUGCCAUGGGGUGUGAAACCCCUGCUGCUGCCCGGUCCGUGGAGUGCCUGCUGGCCUCCCUGCACCCUCACACUGCUACUCACGCUCACACUGCUGCAGGGAAUGCUGAGGUUAGUGCUGCUACUGUAGUUACUAGCAGUGCUGCUGCGAGCACCAGUACCAGCAGCAGCAGCAGCAGCAGCGACUGUGCUCUGACAGUGCAGCUGCUCGUCCUCGUUUCCCUCUCCCACCUCCGCCUGCUCCUCCUCGACCCCUCCCUCGCUUGCCUCUCCCGCCGCACACGCAGUGCCAAUGCAUUCGAUGCCAGCUGUCUGGCGGCUGGCAUCUGCUGUCUUUUGUCGUCAUUGCCGAAUCCAAGGGAUAGGGUUGCGCUGUAUGCUCAGUGCAUGGAGGAUUAUGGGAAUGCUGAGGUGGUGGUAGCUGGGCUUGGGAGUGGUUUGGAGGAGAGCGAGGUGCAUGGGGCGGUCACGGGCGCGGGCAUUCUGUCGCAGCUCAACAUCGAGACGGGCAUCCCCAUCACGGAGACCGAGCCGCUGUUGCUCUUCUUCAUCGCCUUCACCGUGCUCGGCGCCAUCGGCGGGCUGGGCGACCGCGGGCGAUUCGUGGACGACGAGCCGGUGGGGCCGCCCGUGAAGCCCGGCAGCAUCAAGGCGGCGCUGGGGCUGAGCGAGAACGGGCCGCUGUUCGGAUUCACCAAGGCGAACGAGCUGUUCGUGGGGCGGCUGGCGCAAUUAGGGUUUGCGGCGAGCCUGAUCGGCGAGGUGAUCACGGGUAGGGGCGCGCUGGCGCAGCUCAACAUCGAGAUCGGCGUGCCUCACCCCAUGCAUGCUCAGCACCCUAUGUAUGCUCAGCACCCUAUGCAUACUCAGCACCCCAUGCAUACUUAG